AUGGGAGAAAAAAAUAGACUCUACUGUCGCAGAGCUACUGCAGCAGAUGCUGCUCUCGUCAGCGAAUUUCUUGCUGCAGUUAAUCACCCCUUGCAAAAUUUUGGGCUAGAGCUGCCCAGCAGCAGCAGCAGCAGCAGCAGCAGCAGCAGCGGCAGCAGCAGCGGCAGCAGCAGCAGCACAGCUGACAGCUGCAGCAGCAGUAACGAAGAAGGCAGCAGCGCGAGCCGCGAUUCCGCCGCCGCGCUAAUCAGCGCCAGCGCCAGCGGCAGCAACAGUAUUAGCAGCAGCAGCAGCAGCAGCAGCAGCAGCAGCAGCAACAGCAGCAGCAGCAGCAGCAGCAGGUCUGCUGCAGUGGAAGACUUGCUGCGCGCUUCUUAUCUCUCGCUGCUGUGCGAAGACACAGAGGGUUUGCUUGUGGGGUUUUUGUGUCUGGAUCAUUCUCCCCUUUUGUGCGUUCCGUUUUCCUUUACUGCUGCUGCUGCUGCUGCUGCUACAGUUGCUGCUGCUGCUGACGCUGCUGCUGCUGACGCUGCUGCUGCUGCUGCUGCGUCUCUAGCAGCAGACGCAGACUUCCAGCGCAUCUGCAGCAGCAAAUGCAGGGCCUACUUUGCGCAGUGGCCCCAGUGGCUGCGGGCCACUUACGGGCACAGCAAGCACCACCACCGUGCUGCUGCUGCUGCUGCUGCUGCUGCUGCUGCUGCUGCUGCUGCUGCUGCUGGGAAAAACAAGAACUGCAGCAGCGAGGAGACGCACAACGAAUCAGACGGGGAGACUGACCAUGAAGAUGCCUCCACAGUCUCCUUAUCUAGGGAAAGUUCAAAGGAUAACAGCAGCAGCAGCAGCAGCGGCAGCAGCAGCAACAGCAGCAGCAGCAGCAGCAGCAGCAGCAGCAGCAGCAGCGUGACGCAGCUCGGCGAUGGCAGCCUCAUCACGCCCACAAACACACUGUGGCUGCAGGCCUUCGCUUGCAGAAGAUCGCCUGCAACAACAGCAGCAGCAGCAGCAACAUCGUCAGCAGCAGCAGCAGCAGCAGCAGCAGAAUUCCCUUCAGCAGCAAAGAUAGCAAUGACCAUGUUCAGAAGUGUCUUCGCAACUCACUACGAGCUGCAGUGGAUUCUUGCACUCGAAAGGAAUGAUGAUAGCAGCAGCUGGUCGCAGCAGCUGCCUGGGCUGCUGCCUGCUCUAACCCCAACUGCAGCAGCAGCAACAGCAGCAGCAGCAGCAGCAGCAACAUUAGAAGCAGCAGAUUCAGCAGCAACUGCUGCAGAGGCCUCGUCAGCGCUGCUCCUGUCUUCGACCUCACCUGCAGCAGCAGCAGCAGCAGCAGCAGCGGCAGCAGCAGCGGGAGGAGCAGCAGCAGCAGCGACGCCAGCAGCAGAAGCAGCAGCAGCAGCAGCAGCAGGCCUGCUGCGGGUCUGCUGCUGCGGGCGGCAGCAGCUGCUGCCGCAGCUAAAAACCCGAAUUGCUGCAGUAGAAGAUCAUGAUGACUUAGUCGCUCUUUUUGAUUCCCAAACCCUUUUGCAGUCGAGGGUUUACGGAGAAUACUAUUUGGCAGAGUUGAUUGGCUGUGAGAAACCCUAA